AUGUAUUCACCAAGCUGUACAGCUCACGUCUCCAGAGUGACCACCGCUGGGCUGAUUGCAAAGGUUUUCAAGCAGAUGAAAUGCUUUGAGGACAAGGUCAUGGUGCUUUCACAACUUCUGCACCAACGGCAGCGCCGACGGCAGGGGUUUGAGCCCUUCAAUUUGAGUCGUGACGAUACAUGA